AUGGCCGUGCGACUCCCGACUCUAUCAGGGCGGCUGUCCCAGCUGUCUCUCGGCCCCAGCACAUAUUCCCCUUUGUCGUUUCUCGUUCCACAAAUUCAGCAUCAGCAGCUACUGCAAGUUCGGCAUGCGAGCAUCCUCUCGUCGCUCUCCGAUAACCCCGGUGCAUACAACAAGAGAAUCCGCAAGGGUCGUGGUCCUGCGUCAGGAAAGGGUAAAACCGCCGGUCGUGGUCACAAGGGUCAAAAGCAGCACGGAAAAGUGCCUGCAGGCUUCAAUGGUGGUCAGACACCAGACCGCAUUGUGCAUGGAGAGAGAGGGGGUGAAAACAUUUUCGCCAUUGACCUCGUCACUGUCAACCUAGAGCGUAUCCAAGAAUGGAUUGACCAAGGCCGUCUUGACCCCAAAUACCCCAUCACUUUGCGCGAACUGCACUUUUCAAACUGCGUCGGCGGCAUCAAGGAAGGCGUCAAGCUGCUCGGACGCGGCAAGGAAGCACCACUCAAACAACCCAUCCACCUGGUCGUCUCUCGCGCCUCGGCCGACGCCAUUGCCGCCGUCGAGGCCGCUGGCGGAUCCGUCGCCACGCGCUUUUACACUCGUUCUUCGAUUACGCGUAUUCUCAAGCACCAGACACAUCCUUACUACUCGACGCAAUGGGCUGAGAAGAGCGGUAGCGAGUUUCUGACAAAAUGUCUGGGCGAGUUUGAAGAAGCCAAAAUCUUGGAAAGGGGCGGUUUUAUCUAUCGUCUGCCGGACCCGACGAAGCGAAGAGAUAUUGAGUAUUAUCGUGACCCUGCCCACCGGGGUUAUUUGAGCCAUUUGUUACAGCCUCACGAGGGCCCCAGUUUGUUCUUCCGUUCGCCUGUCGAGAGAAAGUCCACGGCCGGUGUCAAGAAGGAGAAGAUCCUUGGACCAAACAGACUGUGGUAG